UUCUUCGUCCCCACAGCAAUGCGCUGCUCCUGCUACCACAACAACUGACAUUUGCGGCCGUCUGAGCCGCAGAGAGCAGCGGGUGAAUGUAUCUGCGGACAGGUCGUGUGUGUGCGGAAGCCCCGGAUGUGUGUGUGGCGUCGGCGGAAAUGGCCCAGAGAUGACUCAGCAGUGGCUUGGACAUCGAUGAUUCAACAAAAGAUGAGGCGUGCUCUGUUUGUCCGACUCGUCAUUGCUUGUUAACAUAGCUACAUAAACCACACUGACAUGGACACUACGCUAUAGGAAAUCAUGCUUUUUGCAAACUGAAGUCACUAAAAUACGUUUUUGUCUAAAUUAUUAUUAUUUUGAAUGGGUUUUUGCUAGUUUUCUGUGAUAAAAUGUCCCUGGCUGAGCAGUCUCAGAAGUGGUUUCCAACCCAUGUCCAAGCCACCGUUCUUCAGGCGUCCGGUUUACAGCCCAAAGGCAAAAAUGGCACCAACGAUGCCUACACCAUCAUCCAGCUGGGGAAGGAGAAGUACUCCACGUCGGUGGCGGAGAAGACGGCCGACCCGGUCUGGAGGGAAGAGGCGUCCUUCGAGCUGCCCGGUCUGCUUCUGGAGGGGAACCCCGAAGUGUACGUGCUGUCGCUCACAGUGAUGCACCGCUCAUUAGUGGGGAUGGACAAAUUCCUGGGCCAGAAGACGAUCAACCUCAACGAAAUGUUUGAUAACAAGCAACGAAAGAAAACCGACUGGUUCUCCUUGGAGUCCAAGCCGGGGAAGAAGAAGAAGGACCGGGGUCGGAUCGAGGUCAGCAUCCAGUUCAUGAGGAACAACAUGACGGCCAGCAUGUUCGACCUCUCCAUGAAGGAGAAGCCGCGCUCGCCGUUCUCCAAGCUGAAGAACAAGGUGAAAGGUCGCAAAAACAACGGCGGGGGCAGCUACGGCGACACGUCUUCGGCCAUCUUGCCCCGCUCUGUCGUUUGCGACUUGGAGCCGAGCGGCCGGCCGGCGGCAGCGGAAACGAAGCCGGAGACGAAGGCGAAGCGGCCGCUACUGUCCGGGGGCCAGAAGCUGUCAGCGGCCCACUCCAUGUCCGACCUCAUCGGGAACCACUUCCGACCCAAACUGGACUCCAUGAACUCCAUCGAAGAGAGCGGAAGUACAGGUGGCCCUCACCGGCGUUCCCAGAGCGAGGUGCCUGGAUACCAGGACGGAGAAGCACACAGUGACCCUUUCACUGAUAUCAGUGACACCCUGCCACAGAAGUAUGCCACGCUCCCACGCAACCGCAACCCGUUUGAGGGCGAGCGGGGGCAGCAGCCGUGGGAGCGGGCGGAGCGGAGGGAGAAAAAGGAGAAGGUCAGCCUGCUGGAACGUGUGACGGGGAAGAAGGAGGGCCGCAGGGCCGGCAACGGGGGCCGAUCAGGAAGCUCCGGAGACCUGCGCUCUCCCAAUCCGUUCAGCGCCGACGCCGCGGCCGACACCAACCCGUUCAGCUUCAGCUACAAAACCAGUGACAACAAGCAGACGGGAAAUGAGGACGGCGUCUUUGGGCAGAAGAAGAAGAAGGACAUUUUCGGCAAAAAAAAUGUGGCGCCACCAGACACUGCAGCCAACUACAGCAACCUGACCUUUGACGAGGUCGUCCAGGAACUCAUCAAGCAGAAGGAAGUGGUCCGGAAGAAAGACGCGCACAUCCGGGAGCUGGAAGACUACAUCGACAACCUGCUGGUCCGCGUCAUGGAGGAGACGCCCAGCAUCCUACGGACUCCCUACGAGCCCAAAAAGAAGGCCGGUAAACUCUCAAAAAAGAAGAGCUAAAAACAAACAUUGGAUGAAAAGUCAUUAAUAAAGGUUCAGAAAGAGAUUGGGGGUCAAGGGUCGAUCAAAUUCAAGCAGCUUUACUUUAACUUCCUCUUUUAAUUUAAAUGUCAGGGUUGCUUUUAAUAUUUGUUGCUGUACUGAAAACAAACGAUUCAUUGAUGUUUCCAGUCAAGACGUUAGCUUGAGCAGGUUUUGGUCUGGAUUAUUUUAAGCUCUGUAGUAAUUUAUUGCACAUACACUUGCCAUAAUCGGCUGCGUUGCUUCCAGACUUGUUUACCGGACGCGCUAGCUGUAGUUACAUUACAGAUGAAGCUGUUUACAAUCGAUUUCAAACAUUUUAGACCGGCAGGUCUGUCCUCUACAGAUAUUCCUAGACUGACUGGAAGAUGUUUUCCCAAGAACAAAUGUUCAUGUUUUUUAAUGUUAUGAGUUGGAGGGGUUAAAACUUUACUUACUAUAAGUGCAAUAUAAUUACUACGGAAACAUGUUGCUUUACAACCUGCUGGUAUUUCUCUUGUUUACAUUUGAAUCGUAUGUUUGAGUUAAACUCGCCUCUUCCUGUUGAUCUGAUUGGUCGUUUCCUUCAAAGCUCUACUGAUGAUUGUAUUAAUGGUACACAUGUGGAUCUAUGCUGCACAUACCUUUAUUUAUGCUGCACAAUCCUUUAUUUAUUAGUGUUUUAUAGCUCAUAUGAAUGUUACUUAAAUCGCUGAAACGUACUGUUGGUGCAAAUCAAAUAUCAUUUUUCCCAAGGUGUUCAAAAUGAAGUGUUCUCUAAAAACGUCUUGAAAGAAAAGACUUAGUUGGUUGCAUCUUUAUGAUCACUCCUGAUUUUGAAAUGUUUGCUUCACUUUCAGGAUGUUGGUUUCUAAAAUGGAGACAGAAUAUCAUCCAGAACUUCUGUGAGAUAAACUGAAGUUAAACAGAUUUUUUUUUUGUCUGUGAGAUAAAGAUUUCGCUUUCUAAUUAAAACAGGACACAGGGCGAUGUUUCUUGUAAGAGUAACUUUUUUACUUCCGAUACGAUGCCGAUACUGGAGUUUUAAGUAUCGGCUAAUACCGAUAUCGAUCCAAUACGACAGCAGCAAAAAUCACACAUAAAGGGUUCAAACUGGUGCUUGAAAUUCAUGGAAAUGCUUGAAUUUCAAUUCUGUGUUGUCAGGAUUUGGAAAGUCCUUGAGUUCCUUGUAAAAUUCUUCAAAGUCUUUGGUCUGGUGCUGAAGUUAUUCAAACUUCACAGUUUUGUAAUGAACAUUAUUUACAAUUGAAACCAGAUAUUCAAAGUGUCUGAAGUUAAAUCAGAUUAAACAUUUCUUCUUUUAGGUUAGUUGGAUUCAUC